AUGUCAAAACCACUGAAGCCGUCCCCCAAAAAGAAAAAAACACUGAAGCCGAGUCCGACAAAGCACGCUCGGCCGGCGAGGCGAGUGAGAGUCAACUCAACCAUGGAGUCCGGCGGUGCAGGCGAGGUGCGGCACUGGAACGCUGACGUCAACGGCGUCUCCCUCCACGUCGCCGAGCAGGGCCCCGCCGCCGGCCCGGCGGUGCUCCUCCUCCACGGCUUCCCGGAGCUCUGGCUCUCCUGGCGCCACCAGAUGGCUGCUCUCGCCGCCCGCGGCUUCCGCGCCCUCGCCCCCGACCUCCGCGGCUACGGCGACUCCGACGCCCCCGCGGACCCCGCCGCCUACACCAUGCUCCACGUCGUCGGCGACGUGGUCGCGCUCCUCGACCACCUCCGCCUCCCCAAGGUGGUGGUGGUGGGGCACGACUGGGGCGCGCAGGUGGCGUGGCAUUUCUGCUUGUUCCGGCCGGACCGGGUGCGCGCCGUCGUCGCGCUGGGGAUCCCGUUCUUCCCCCGCUCCCCUCGUUCGAUGGCGGAGAUGUUCGCGGCGCGCGGCGAUGGGUUCUACAUCACGCAGUUCCAGGAGCCUGGAAGAGCUGAAAAGGCAUUUGCUCGGUACGACGUUGCGACUGUCCUAAAGAAGUUCUACUCCAUUGAAUUAGAUGACCUUGCUGCUCCUCCUGGAGUAGAGAUUAUAGAUUUUUUCGAUGUGUCAUCAUCCCCACUUCCUUGGAUGACCGAGGAAGAACUGGGCCAGUAUGCUGAGAAGUUUCAGAAGUCUGGCUUCACCGGACCCCUCAACUACUACCGCAACAUGGACACGAACUGGAGGCUUACUGCACCCUGGCACGCUGCAAAGAUCACAGUGCCUGCAAAGUUCAUCGGGGGUGAGAAGGACAUCGGUGUCGAGUCCUUCGGAGUCAAGCGCUACAUCGAGAGCGGGGGUUUCAAGUCCAAUGUUCCUGACCUUGAGGUUUCCAUCAUUGAAGGCCACCAUUUCCUCCAGCAAGAGCAGGCCGAGAGGGUGAACUCUGAGAUACUGUCCUUCCUGGACAAGCUUUCUGGCAAGGAAGCACAUAAUUAA